AUGUCAGGGCAUCACCACCAUCAUAGUGGCGGCUGUCAUGGUGAAGAUCAUGAUCACUCUAACGACAUCACUCCCGCCAUCCAAUCCCUCCUCUACUCCCAAAUCGACUUUGAUAAGAUCACCACCCUCAAUGAAACUACUCCUAAGGCGGGCGCAGCCAUCGUACAGAAGACCUGGGCAGAGCGACUGAACGACAAGCCCGAACUUGAAAGCGAUGCCGACGAGCAGCUACUCAUGACCGUUCCCUUCAGCGGUCAAGCAAACAUCCACUCCGUCCUCCUCUACACAGCACCCACAAUUUCUGCCCCAAAGACUGUGAAACUAUUUAAGAAUCGCGAUGACUUAGAUUUCUCCACCGCAUCAGAGUUACACCCAACACAAACAAUCGAGGUUCCGCAGCCCGUGCCUGGCGAGGACGUAUUCGAAUUACCGCUCAACCGUGCCCGUUGGAACGCUACUACUUCUGUCACUUUGUUCUUUGAGGACAAUUGGAGUGAUGGCGAGGAGGACGUUACCAAGGUUGGAUAUGUGGGGUUCAAGGGGCAGUUUAUGAAGUUGACCAGGGAGCCGGUCAACUUCCUCUAUGAGGCUGCUGCGAAUCCCCAGGAUCAUGUUUCUAUUCCCGGUGUGAGUGGUGUUGGGAGUGUUUUACCUGGGCAGUAA